AUGGCUCACAAUUCAAUCAUAGAUCAUUAAUCAAAUAGCACUGAUCAUUCAAUUGAAAAUCUGUCUGAUUAAAAUUCUGAAGAAUCUUUCGAGAUUGUCUAGCGAAAAUUUAGAUACAAAAAAUGCUAUUAAGAGGAGGAACCUCUUAAAAAGAAGAAGGACUUUUGCCGAAAUUACUAAAUUAAUGGUAAUUGUAAAUAUGGAGAUCAAGUAAUUUUGUUUAAAUCUUAAUUAGUGUUUUUUUAUUCAUACACCCGCAAAAACUGAAAACAACAUUUAUUCAACAGCUUGUACUAAGACUAAGCCAUGUAAACGCUAUUUUAGUGGGUUUUGUUGUUUUGGACCUAAAUGUUAGUUUUUACAUAAUGAAUGUAUUGAUCUUGUAGAAUAGAGGGAAUUUGUAGAAAAGUAAUUUAAAGAAUUAAAACUAAUGGUUCCUUUGCAUCCAAGUAUAUUUAGAAAGUUAAUUUUUAGAAAAACUAGAUUAAUCUAUUAGAUUCGAUUUAUAAAGAUUUCAUCAUCUUUAUAAAAUUUUUGGAAGGAAACUAAAUUUUAAAAGAGAUGAUUUAGUAGUGAAUAGUUGUAAAAGGUAUUGAUUAAAUAAAAUAAAUAGUCGUUUAAAAAUAUUUAUAUCAAUUUGUAGAAAAUAGGAUAGAUUUGAAUAAUUGUUGAUGUCUAAUAGUACAAGUAGAAAGGAGAGUGAGCAAUGUUGA